AAGAGCUUAACUCGGGACAGACUUUGAAUAACUAUUCGGCGACAUAACUUUUUUGUUGUAAAGUAAAGACAGCGAGGGAGAUUUUACGCACUAAAAAUGCAGUCCCUCUGUCACCAACUGCUCAGCUUGCUGUUCGUUUUCAGCAGCCUUCAGAUUUAUCAACUCACAGAGGCUUGCUCGUGUGCUCUGUCGCACCCGCAAGAUGCGUACUGCAAUUCUGACAUAGUGAUCCGUGCCAAAGUGGUGGGCAAGAAGUUACUGAAGGACGGGCCUUUUGGCACCAUGCGUUACACGGUCAAACAGAUGAAGAUGUACAAAGGAUUCAACAAAAUGCAGCACGUUCAGCACAUCUACACAGAUGCAUCUGAGAGUUUGUGUGGAGUCAAGUUCGACAUCAACAAGUACCAGUAUCUGAUCACAGGCCGCGUGUUUGACGGCAAGGUCUACACCGGGCUGUGUAAUUUCAACCAGCCAUGGGAGCGCCUCUCGCUGGCCCAGAAGAAGGGCAUCAACCACCGCUACCAGCUGGGCUGCAACUGCAGGAUUAAGCCCUGCCACUACCUGCCCUGCUUUGUGACCUCAAAGAACGAGUGCCUGUGGACGGACAUGCUGUCCCACUUCGGCUACCCCGGCUACCAGUCCCGGCACUACGCCUGUAUCCAGCAGAAAGAGGGCUACUGCAGCUGGUACCGGGGGAUGGCCGGCCGUGACAAAACCACCAUCAACUCCACCGACCCCUGAGUGUAAACCACAACCAAGCCCCAAACCAUAGCAACUGAGUUUCUUCUCAUCCUCACUCUUCUACACCUUUCCCAAACUCCACAACUC